ACCUAAAAAAAAAUUCCAUUUUUGGUUAGACCAAAAAUUUUGUUAAGUGAAAGGGGAGAAAGAGUUGAAUCCAUGGCGUCCUCCAAGCUUCAAGCUCUAUGGAACCACCCAGCAGGACCCAAAACCAUUCACUUUUGGGCACCAACGUUUAAAUGGGGCAUUAGCAUAGCCAAUGUAGCCGACUUCUCUAAACCACCUGAAAAACUUUCCUACCCUCAGCAAAUAGCGGUUACUUGCACUGGAAUUAUCUGGUCACGCUACAGCACUGUAAUCACUCCAAAAAACUGGAAUCUCUUCAGCGUAAACAUUGCUAUGGCUGGAACAGGCAUAUACCAGCUGGCACGAAAAAUACAACAUGAUUACUUUUCAGAGGCAGAGGCAGAGCCAGCUAUUGUUAAAGAAUGAUGACAAAAUCUUCCAAACUCCUUUGCUUUCUGCGGCAAUAUCAGUCAUCUUGCCUUCUUGUUUUGCUGUUAAUUAAAUUUCACUUGCCUCUAUGGCUUUGAAAUAUUCAAACAUGCUCUGUUGUGGAAUUUUGUAUUUUGAUGAUGAUUUUCAUUAUGAUUGUAGAGGCAUCAACAGAUAUUGAGCAACUGAAUCCCUAAAAAUUUCUGAUUGGA